UACGCGGCACAUGUGCUAUAGUCCUCAGAGAGGGUGGGAGAUGGGGGCAUUGUGCAAGGCCAGUCCCCAGGGCAUUCUGGUUAAUGUUGCAUCAUCUGAGCACCAUAACUGUUCCCUGAGGGAAUAAAGGUAGCAAUCAAAUCAAAGGUACUCACAGAGACCAGUGCAUGCAGCCUGUAUCGAUGUGAACUGAUGAAAAGUUUCACUCAUUUCUCAAUUUAUGGGUGUGCGAGUGUGAUUUACACACACACACACACACACACACACACACACACACACACACACACACACACACACACACACACAUCCAUAUAUUAUAUAUAUAAAGGUCACUUGAUUCAUGAGAAACUUUUGGAUAAUUAACAGUCAUCUCCAGCAUUAGCAUGUCGCUUCCGUCCUCUACCUGGCUGGUUUGUGGUGACAUGGACAUUCCCAGUGUCUCCUGCCUCACCUUAUUCUUGUGUUCUGCUGUCUUAGAAAUUUUGAAUGUGGAAGCAGCCUGCUGCUCAGUGUAGCCUUCUGCCAGCAGAACCACGAUUAAACCAGGAUUUAAAAAUACAGAUUUGUUUAAAAAUAUAGAAUGGUCUCAAUUUUUUACACAGUUCAAUGUGUAUAUUUUAGGCGAAUUUCUGUGAGAAAUACAAUGGAGGUUUAUGGGUCCAAACAUGCCUGAGUCUUAUCACUUUGGUUUUAGUUUUGUUACACUUGUAACCUUGGAGACCUGGAACAUCUCUGCCUGGCAGGUUGGCCAACAAAGCAUGGUCUAAGUUUUUAUGAAUGUCAUGCAUCAGGGAAACCAAAUUGACUUAGGAAAUGGGAGAGAUGCCCGUGCAUCCCUUCUCUAUGGCAGGGAUAUAACUGAAUUACUGUCUUCCCCUUACAAGUGUGCGGCUACACAACGGGUCAUUACACAGAGCUUAAGUGACCUUAUUAAAUCAACCGAAUGAACUGAGAAAUCCAAUCAAGAGUCCCGAUUAUUUAAUUGGAAAGAAUUUGAAUGCUUGAGAUACUUUUUUUUUACAAUGCUCGCUGGUGCAUCAGCAAAUAAGGAGACUGAGUUAAUUGUGGGGAAGAACAGUUUUAGUUUCAGCAGAGGUCAUUGGCCGUUUAGGUGCAGAAGCCAGAGACAUCCAGAAAUCGGCAGAGGUCAUUGGCCGUUUGGGCGCAGAAGGCAGAGAGACCCAGAAAUCGGCAGAGGUCAUUGGCCGUUUGGGCACAGAAGGCAGAGACAUCCAGAAAUCAGCAGAGGUCAUUGGCCGUUUGGGUGCAGAAGGCAGAGAGACCCAGAAAUCGGCAGAGGUCAUUGGCCCUCUGGGUACAGAAGGCAGAGAGACCCAGAAAUCGGCAGAGGUCAUUGGUUUUUUGGGUACAGAAGGCAGAGGGACCCAGAAAUCGGCAGAGGUCAUUGGCCCUGUGGGUGCAGAAGGCAGAGAGACCCAGAAAUCGGCAGAGGUCAUUGGCCCUGUGGGUACAGAAGGCAGAGAGACCCAGAAAUCGGCAGAGGUCAUUGGUUGUUUGGGUACAGAAGGCAGAGGGACCCAGAAAUCGGCAGAGGUCAUUGGCCCUGUGGGUGCAGAAGGCAGAGAGACCCAGAAAUCGGCAGAGGUCAUUGGCCCUGUGGGUGCAGAAGGCAGAGAGACCCAGAAAUCGGCAGAGGUCAUUGGCCGUUUGGGUGCAGAAGGCAGAGAGACCCAGAAAUCGGCAGAGGUCAUUGGCCCUCUGGGUACAGAAGGCAGAGAGACCCAGAAAUCGGCAGAGGUCAUUGGUUUUUUGGGUACAGAAGGCAGAGAGACCCAGAAAUCGGCAGAGGUCAUUGGCCCUGUGGGUACAGAAGGCAGAGAGACCCAGAAAUCGGCAGAGGUCAUUGGUUGUUUGGGUACAGAAGGCAGAGGGACCCAGAAAUCGGCAGAGGUCAUUGGCCGUUUGGGCGCAGAAGGCAGAGAGACCCAGAAAUCAGGUUAAACCAUAAACACACCUGAUGGAAAGGUCUCAAGCAAUAUAUGAAUGGCUUUGUUGUUCCUAUCAGCCUUUAAACCUCAAUAUUCAUA